GAGUAAAUAACAACUUAAGUCAUGUGACCAGAAACAUCCAUUGCAGAAAACCUGCUGUACUCAGCUGGAGGGCUGAAAAACUUUAUAGAGCAGAGAAGCCUCUUUGGAGCUGAGAGUUGUUCGCUUGGAGCAGACAGGGAGUUGAGAUGAAUUUCCUUCCGAGUUUAUCCCUAGAAACCUGGAUUUUACUCAUUGCCUUUGUGAGCCUCUUGAUGCUCUAUGGGAUCUGGCCAUACAGAUUCUUUAAGAAGCUGGGUAUUCCAGGGCCAAGGCCUCUACCUUUCAUCGGAACAUUUCACGAAUACCGGAAUGGAAUUCUGAAUUUCGACAAGAAGUGUUUCCAGAAAUAUGGUAAAAUUUGGGGAUUUUUUGAUGGCAGGCAGCCAGUCCUGGCUAUUCUGGACCCUGUAAUCAUCAAAACCAUCCUGGUGAAAGAGUGCUAUACCCUCUUUACCAAUCGCCGGGUCUUAGGUCUAAGUGGAGAUUUUGAGUCUGCCCUUACAAUAGCUACUGAUGAGCAGUGGAAAAGGAUCCGGUCUGUGCUCUCUCCAGCAUUCACCAGCGGGAAGCUAAAGGAGAUGUUUCCUAUCAUGAAUCGCUAUGGAGAGAUUUUAGUGAAAAACAUCCAGGAGAAAGUGGAUAACGAUGAGUCCCUGGAAAUGAAGAGCAUCUUCAGCACCUACAGUUUGGAUGUGGUGGCCAGCACUUCAUUUAGUGUGAACAUUGACUCCAUGAACAACCCCAACGACCCCCUUGUCACCUACAUCAAGAAGUAUCUCUCAUUCAAUUUCUUUAACCCACUGCUCCUGUCAAUAGUGAUGUUCCCCUUCCUCAUCCCAGUGCUGGAAAAGAUGAACAUGAGUCUGUUUCCCUCGGGCUUCCUGAACUUUUUCCUCAACAUUAUCCAGCGCAUCAAGAAGGAGCGGCGGAAGAAUGACCACUCGGUCCGGGUGGAUUUCCUGCAGCUGAUGGUUGACUCGCAGAGCUCAGAUGGCAGCUCUGAAUCUAAUGAGAAGACACACUCCUAUAAAGCUCUGUCUGACAAGGAGAUUGUGGCGCAGGCCCUUGUCUUUAUCUUAGCUGGUUAUGAGACCACCAGCGUCACCCUCAACUUCCUCUCGUAUAACCUGGCCACUCACCCCGACGUGCAGCAGAGACUGCAGGAGGAGAUUGACGCCGCUCUUCCCAACAAGGCUGCUCCCACCUAUGACGCCAUCCUGCAGAUGGAGUAUCUCGACAUGGUAGUGAAUGAAAGCCUCAGACUCUUCCCUGUAGGUGGGCGGAUCGAAAGGGUCUGCAAGAAAACCAUUGAGAUAAAUGGAGUGACCAUUCCAAAAGGCACCGUGACAAUGAUCCCAGCCUACGUGCUGCAUCAGGACUCGGAAUAUUGGUCAGAGCCAGAAGAGUUCAGGCCCGAGAGGUUCAGUAAAGAGAACAGAGAGAGCAUGAACUCCUACAUUUUCCUGCCCUUUGGAGCUGGUCCCAGGAACUGCAUUGGAAUGAGGUUUGCCCUUCUCAGCCUGAAAGUGGCCAUGAUUGUGCUGUUGCAAAGGUUUUCCUUCAGAACCUGCAAAGAUACCCCGAUCCCUCUGGUGCUGGACCCAAAGCGUUUCUUGCAACCCAAGAAGCCAAUCAUUCUGAAGAUGGUCCCCAGAACCCAUGUUGAUCCAGAGGAGUAAAAGAAUUUGCAACGGAUCAGAGACUGCUGCCAGCUGCUCCUUCCGCCUCGUUCGUCUCUCUGUCAAUCACAUGAGAAUAGGAAUGAGCCAUGUAAAACUAUAUAGAGAAAGCAAAAGCAAUAUCUAGAAAAAGCCCCAGGUGUCAUGAAAGCAGGGCCUUGUGACUAUACAGCAUACCAAAUUUGAUGGGCCCUUCUGUCCAAUAGGAGAUUGUGCUUGGCUUUUCUACCAAAAAAACCCACACAAAGUACAGGCUGAGCAGAGUUCAAUUUUUAUAAAACAAUAAUCGAGCCCAGGCCUGUUUCUCAUUGAUAUCAAAACCCCUUUACACUGUUCGGAGAGUCUAAAGGGACCUUUAAGGGUAUGCACCCGCUUUCAGGCCCCCUUACACUGCCAGAGGAGGGUUUAGCGUAAAUGAGAAUCAGGCCUUGGGCACUGGGACAGAAACUGUGUCACCUCCCAUCUGGCUAGACACAUCCGAAGUUGAGGUUGUUAUGACUCCGUAUAAAAAUCACAUGACCCAGGCCAUUUUACACUGCUGCAUGGGUAGAUGUACCUGAACUAGCUUUAAUUUCACUAGCUUGAGUAAUAAUUGCAGCGAAACCAGAACCACCAGGGCUGUACAACUGCACCUGGGGCACAAGCAGCUAGCCUGUGCUGCUGGGCUUCAUUAUUUAAUUUGAGCUAGUUCAAAGUGAGCUCAGCUAUGAUUACACAUGCUCCAGUCACACUUUUGACUACAGCGUAGAUGUACUCUUAGUCUAUGCUAUGGACGCUACAGUGGCAUAGCUGCAGCUACACCACUGUAGCAUCAUAAUGUAGACGCUUCUGACAUCAAUGGAAGGGGGUAUUCAGUCAGUGUAGGAGGUAAUCCACCUCCCUGAGAGGGAGUGCAGCUGAAGUCUGACAUGAGUAUUUAAUACAUGGGCAGGGGGGGAAGACCUCAUUUUUUGGAAGACAGCAUUAGGAAGGUAAAUGAAUCGUCAGGCUGAAAACGGGACAUUUAACGAUAAGUAACUUAACGAUAAGUAAAUAGGUUAGUAGGCUGAAAAGACAGAACGUCAGAGCCAGCUAAGAGAAGAGGGAGAACACCCCGGGGACUAUUUACUAUGAACUAGAUAGCAAGGGACAAAAUAAGUUAGGAAUGUAGAGAUGAGGUAAAGAGGAAGUCAAAACAUAGGCAGCAUGUGGACAGAUGCACACGGUACAGGGAUUGGUCUCGGAGGGAGCUAGGUUGAUGAAGGAAUUCUUCCAUCUGCCAAGCCAGGUCUACACUGGAAGUUAGGAUGGCUUAACCAUGGUGCUCAGGAAUUUUUCACACCCCUGAGCUUCAUAGCUAGGUCGAUCUACAUAUUAAGUGUAAACCAGUAUCAGAUGUCAAAGAGCCUGCUGGCCUCAAUGGCUAUGUAAUCUGAUGCUACAAUAGCACUGUCUCUGUUGCUGCAUCAGAGGUUUCUACUUGGUUUGAAAGACUCUUCGGUGCUGUUUCUGACCCUAGUCCAAAGUCACUGCCAGUCUUCUGGGCGAUCUGAUGCUUUAGAAGGAGAGGUUGAUGUUCAUGUUAGAGGAUGAUGUUGGGUCAGGUGGGUCUCUCUCUCUCUCUCUCUUAGUGCCGGUCAAAGUUGUGAGGUUUCCUUUCAUACAUUCCCCUUACUGAGGCUUUGCUUCUGCUUGGUUACUUCACACCAGUGUAGCUACACAUUGCAACCCCCUCAGAUCAGAUGCUGUAUAGUGGUAUAAAACAGAGCUUGGAAUUUUACUGGGAUAAGCUGAAUUGAUGCCAACCCCAUUUUGUAAAAGUGCAGUGUGUCCACACUAAGGGUUUGCCCCAAUGUAAAUACAUCAGUGCUAUACCAGUGCAAAUUACCCUAGUCUAGGUGAGCCCUGAGUACCCCUCGUAUCAUGACCAUCACCCUUUUUGCUGAGCACUGCCUUUGAGACACCAGCAGCACUGCUAGGUUCAGGUACUUUUAUGAAGCUUUUUGGAUAUUGGACCCUGCUCAGCAAUUUUAUUCAGACAUUGUCAGUUUCUUCUGGCACUUUUAUUGAAAUCAAGGGGUAGAGCAAAUUUCCCAUAUGUGAUUGUUGCUGUCUAUUUUGUCCCAUUCCUAUUUCUUGCCAAGUUGGCCCUAUCUUUUUUCUGGUUUUACAACCCCCGGUGGGUGGUGACAUCCAGGGCUAUUUUCCUGGAUCAUGUGAUGCUGCAGCAUUAUGGCUCUGUCAGGUGUUAAAGUGACUACACCCUUGCAGGAAGUAAUGCAUGUUUCUCUAGACCAAUUUCUAGAGCUGACUUAGCUAGAUUCUGGUAUGUUUUAGGUGGCUGUUAUUACUGAAGACUUGUAACAUACCUCAGCUUGCAGAUGAGUUAACUAGAGCAGCCUAGUUACCAUAAAGCAGUUACCAUUUAUGAGCAGUGGUUUGCAGAGUGGGAGUGAAGCAUAUUAUGUGUUCUUUCUGUUUGUUUGCUUAUUGUAUCCAGUGGUCUCCUGUGUAAUAUCUUUACACAGAUAUUAGCCCAGUUAUGAUUUUUUAACUUUGUUCUCUAUUAUUCCAUUUUAUAACUUUGAUUUGAAUUGUAGUAAUACGGCAAGGUGCAGUGCUGGGAAAGACCUGGGUUUGGAAGAAGGAUCUCUCUCUCUGUUGGAUACUGAGAGCAGAGAAGGCUCACUGAACCUUGUCGUUCUUAGAUUCCAAAUGAGCAUAAUGCUGAAUGCUCUGUAUAAUAUGUGGUGUGAUUUCAUAUUUACUAAUCCUAAAAGGAUAAUUAAAAUAAAAAUCAACAUAAUUCCUUAUAAUUUUCACUGAGAUGAUGUCAACAUCUGAUUCCAUUCCCCCCUCUUCCACACACAAAUCAAUCCUUUUUCAGGGCAUUGGAGCCAGUGUCCGUGCAGUUCACAUAAUCUCGUUACAUCUCCCAAACUCAGCAGGGUUGGGCUUUGUCAUUAGCUAGGUGGGAGACUUCUAGGGAAAUCCCAGGUGAUGCAGGGAAGUUACAUUAAUGACUGAAAUGGGGCCCCUCUUCCCUCUGAGUCAGGAAUGAGCAAAUACCCCAGUAUGAAUCAAUGAACUACUGGAGGUGCCAUCUUUUAAAUAAGAUGUAAAACCGAGCUCUUGACUUUCUGAGAUCUCAUCCCUUGGCACUUUCCACAAGAGUACAGUGUUCUAAUUAUUGUAUCUUUUCCAACUCAUAAAUUAGCUAGGCAUAUUCUGUGAUAUAAUACAUUUCACAUCCUUUUA